UUUGAACUGUGAAGAAUUCCCGAAUACGUAACUCUCAACUUGGGAGCGUGAGGAAUCUUCUUGCAUCGUCCGUGCUGCCAUCGCCUAAAGUUUAAGAUUUUUAUUAAAGAUGUACCAUUCCGCUCCCAAAUCGAGAUUUCUCUUCUUCAUUGACGCGACAGGCAGUUUCCAUGCUCGGAUUCAUCGCGCGAAACCUAAAGAUGGGAUCUUGAACCGGUAUCGCGAUCUCGGCGGCCGCCCACAGUAAGUCCACUGCGGAGAAGGUCAUUGAAUGAUCCAUGGAAAAGCUGAAGACGUCUUCGUAGCACAAAUUUCGCAACUUGUUAUCUCAGUAAAAAAGAUCGUCAAAAAGCUGCAGUUUUUUUUAAAAAAAAAUUAAAGCCUUUAUUUUGUUGGAUCUUGCGAAGUCAUGGAGGCAAGGGGUUUUGCGGACUGAAGCGGCGAAGCGGACAUAAUCACUUGGACGUCAAAGAGAGUGAGGAAGAGCAAGAGUAAGAGACAGAGAGGCUUGUUGAGGUGCAAGGAAUCCGAUUGCCUUUCUUCUCUUCUGGAACCGGUGCCAUGUUUGCCAUAUUUGAUUGAGAGAGGAGUAUCGAUUGAUUAGUUUUGGUUUUCCCCGGAGAAAAUUGCAGGUUUCGUUUCUAGCAUAAGGUAUUAUCUUUUUUGCAAGGAUGCGAGGAGCUGUUCUUGUUGCAAUAGUUGCCUCAAUUGGGAACUUGUUGCAGGGGUGGGACAAUGCUACCAUUGCAGGAUCUAUUCUGUUCAUUAAAAAGGAAUUCAAAUUGGAAAAUCACCCUGCCGUAGAGGGGCUAAUAGUAGCAAUGUCACUUAUUGGUGCUAUGAUCAUCACAACAGUAUCUGGAAUAGCAUCAGACUGGAUUGGUCGGCGACCUAUGCUAAUUAUCUCAGCAAUCCUCUUUUUUCUCAGUAGUUUGUUCAUGUGCUUCUCCCCCAAUGUCUAUGUUCUGCUCUUGGCAAGGCUUAUCGAUGGAUUUGGAAUUGGUCUUGCCGUUACACUGGUUCCGGUAUAUAUUUCAGAGACUGCCCCGGCAGAGAUAAGGGGGUUGUUGAAUACACUUCCUCAGUUCAGUGGUUCACUUGCCAUGUUUCUCUCCUACUGUAUAGUAUUUGGAAUGUCACUAAAGCCAAAUCCAGACUGGAGAUUAAUGCUCGGUGUUCUUUCCAUCCCUUCUCUUGUGUAUUUCUCUCUGGCCAUUUUUUAUCUGCCGGAAUCUCCAAGGUGGCUCGUAGGUAAAGGACGAAUGUCAGAAGCAAAACUGGUUUUGCAGAGAUUGAGAGGGAGAGAAGACGUUUCAGGAGAAAUGGCCCUCCUUGUUGAGGGUUUAGGUGUAAGCGGUGAGACAUUGAUCGAGGAUUACAUAAUCGGCCCAGCAAAUGAGCUCGCUGAUGAUCAGGGAGUAAUUGCUGAUGAGGAACAAAUCAAAUUGUAUGGAGCAGAAGAGGGUCUUUUCUGGGUGGCUAGGCCUGUUAAGGGAAGCAUCCUUGGAAGUGCAUUAAGUGUUCUAUCUCGUCGUGGUAGUUUCGAUACGCAUGGUAAAGUACCUCUAAUGGACCCUCUGGUGACUCUAUUUGCAAGUGUCCAUAAGAAGCUACUUGAGACAGGCAGCAUGUUUUUUGGUAGUGUUCAAAGCACAUUGUUCCCUAAUUUUGGAAGUAUGUUUAGUGUGGCAGAGCAGGCACCUAAAGAUGAGCCAUGGGAUGAAGAGAGUGUUCAGCAGGAGGGUGAAGAUGACUAUGCAUCUAAUGGCGGAGGAGAUGAUUUGGAUGACAAUUUAGAAAGUCUACUAAUCACACGGCAAACAACUAGUGUGGAAGGUGGGGAAAUUCAUGGUAUGGGGCAAACUAGUCUGGUGCAGGAUAAUUUGGGUGAGGCAGUUAGUAGCAUGGGCAUUGGUGGCGGAUGGCAAAUCGCUUGGAAAUGGUUAGAUAGAGAAGGUGAAGAUGGGAAGGGAGGAGGAUUCAAGAGAAUUUAUCUACACCAGAAGGGUGUCCCUGGGUCACAAAGAGGUUCUCUUUUUUCGAUUUCAGGAGGUGAAGCCCCAGAAGGUAGCAGCACAUUUGUUCAGGCAGCAGCUUUGGUGAGUCAACCAGCUCUUUACUCAAUGAAGCUAAUGGACCUUAAUCCUAUCGGACCGGCAAUGAUCCAUCCGCUCGAAAUAGCAUCUAGAGGUCCAUUCUGGUCAGAUCUUUACGAACCCGGAAUACGGCACGCCUUGUUUCUUGGAAUCGGGAUCCAAAUCCUUCAGCAGUUGGCUGGCAUAAAUGGGAUUCUAUAUUACACACCUCAAAUACUCGAGCAAGCUGGUGUCGAAGUCAUCCUUUCAAACAUAGGCAUCAGUUCAGAUUCAUCGUCUAUACUUUUUAGUGCUCUCACAGCAUUGUUAAUGCUUCCUAGCAUCGGCAUUGCCAUGAGGCUUAUGGAUAUUUCAGGAAGAAGGCUCCUCUUGUUGUCCACAAUCCCUAUCUUAAUAGCUUCGCUGGUUGUCUUAGUCAUUGCCAACCUUAUCGAACUUGGCACAGUUGUUCGUGCUGUGUUCUCUACCGUUAGUGUUAUUGUAUACUUCUGUUUCUUCGUUAUGGGAUUUGGACCUGUUCCGAAUAUCGUUUGUGCCGAGAUCUUCCCGACCCGGGUACGCAGUCUGUGCGUGGCUAUCUGCGCGCUUGCAUUCUGGAUUGGCAAUGUCGUCGUCACCUACACAUUACCUUUGAUGCUCGGCUCCAUUGGCCUUGCAGGAGUCUUUGGAGUUUAUGCAAUAGUUUGCAUCCUAGCUUUUGUGUUUGUGUUCCUAAGGGUUCCUGAAACCAAGAGCAUGCCUCUUGAAAUUAUCGUAGAGUUCUUUAACGUUGGUUCGAAACGAGCUGCUAUACAAGAUUGAUACUUAUGCUACUGCAAGAACCUCUUCGCAGAGCCGGUGCCUCUCUGCUAAGUGUUUUUUUCCCUAGAUUGUAUCGUGAAUCUGGUCGUGUAAUCAUGAAUCCUUUUAUCGAUUGUUGAAUAUUGAGGAAGGAAAUUUCUGGUCUGGCCAA